UCUCUCUCUGUGCCUUUAAAAUAGGAGGUCGUAGAGUGUCGAGAAAGCUAAGUGCCCCUAACCCUACCCUCCUCCUACACCGGAAAGUGCCCCCUGUUGCAAGGUUCCUCGAGGCCUCGAUCCCGAUAAGCGUCCAAGUGUGGGAGGUCUGCACUUCUUCACUUGCUAUUCUUUGCAGCUUCUGCUGCUACAACAUGUCAAGAUAUCACCUGAAGCAGUACGAGAAGGAGCACAUGAAGAUGGCCAUGCUGAAGCAGGAAGAGACAUUCAAGCAGCAGGUUCAAGAACUGCACCGGCUGUACCGGGUCCAGAAGCUACUGAUGACCGACGCGGCGAGCGCAGCAACAGCAAUGCCCGCCGCCACCCGAUGCGACCUCGAGGACGAGAGGCGCGCCGCGGAGAACGACGCCGGCUCGAGCAGGUCGUGGGACGACGCCUACCCUGAGAAGGGGAAGAAAGCCGCCGCUCCCCGGCUCGUCCUCCAGGAGAGCGACCUCGAGCUGACGCUGUCCCUAGGGUGCUUCGGGACGACGGGCGCGACGAACAAGGCGGCCAAGAAGGAGGCGUCGUCGAGCGUGGACUCCAGGACGAGCGGUUCGUCGUCGUCGACGGAGUCCGGCAGCCCCGACCGCCGGGUCGUCGUCCUGCCUGCUCCGUCGCUGAUCGGUUCCGCGACGACGAAGCCUGGUGCUGGUAGCGUUGGGCAGCGUCUGGAGCAGGACGGGCUGCAGCAGCCUCCUUGGCUCCACAAGUGUCUGAAUUUGGCACGAUAACUGUCUCUCUCUCACCGGAUUACCAUUCUGCAGUUCUUAUGGCGGUACAAAAUAGGAAAAAGGUUCUGUUACUCUUCUUUCUGUGUUGCUUCUUCAGUUCUUUUCCUUCUUUGGAUGAAACCUGCUGCCCAUCCAAACUGAACGUAGUCUUUGACUUAGUGCA